AUGCACACAGUGGUAUCCGAUCCACAACAAACAGAAGAAUCUGUGCCGAAAGCAGCUGCCUUCGUCAACCUCCAACGAAGCAUAGCUGAUGUCCACAUCCUCGCAGGACAAGCACAUGUCCUGAAUCCAAAGGACCAAACCUUAGAACCUGUUCAUGUCCUACUUGACACUGGAGCUGAUCGAUCUUUCAUAUGCAAGGAACUGGCGGAUCGCUUACAACUGCGAGAAAGCAGCUCCGUGAACAUAUAUGGGAUAUCUACGGGAAGUGUCAUGAACUAA